UCUAAGGAAUUAAACUGCCAUUGUUGAAGGCUUUGGAGCUGCUUCUUUUCUCUGUUUUCUCUGUGUGAUGGGUAAGAAGAGCAGUUUUGGAGUUUAUUGUUCCCAAAACAAAGGAUGUGUUUUUGGGGUAAUGCUGGUGCUGCUGCUGCAGAAGGCCUGUGGAGUUGAGUUUCAAGUGGGAGGGUCAAAGGGUUUUUGGGGUGUUUCUUCAGAUUCUAAUGCUCAGAGUUUUAAUCAAUGGGCUGAAACACGUAGAUUUCAAGCUGGAGACUCCUUAGUGUUCAACUACCAAGCUGGGCAAGACUCAGUACUGUUGGUGAAGCAAGACGACUACAAAAACUGCAACACAGAAGCACCCAUAAAGCACUUCUCAGAUGGCCACACCAUCUUCAAGUUUGAGAAAUCUGGCCCUUACUACUUCAUAAGUGGCAACAAAGACAACUGCCUCAAGAAUCAGAAGCUGGUGGUCGUUGUCUUGGCUGAUAGAACCAAGCAGUACUCUUCUCCGCCCCCGACCCCGAUCGAGGAAGAACCGACUUCUCCUCCACCGUCCAGUGAAGCCUCUUCCCAACCUCCCGAGGCCUUGGCCCAUAUGAACCCGACCCCGUCCCCGCUCGUAAUAUUUCAUCUGCAAGGUUUCAAGAGGUUACUAAUAUCAUGGUCAUUGAGUUAUACUUCAAUGGGCUAA